AUCAGCCGGGGGCUGGCAGGUCCGUGGCGCUUCCUGCCACGCCGGGCCUUCCUGGGCCGCUCCAGAGCCGCUCCGGCGAGGCACGCGUGUCAGCCGCUGCCGGGCCCAGCCCAUAGUCCCUUUCAAACACCCCCCACCAUUCCUGGCCCUGUUCCCGGAGGACCCACCCAGUUCCAACUGACACCCUCCAGCCAGCCUUGGCCUAGCUGGGCCAGCGGCCCUCUCCAGAGACGUCUCCUUGGUCAGUGAAACAUUUCCUCUUCAACCUCAGCCCCGACAUUUCUCCUUUACAAGAGGAUUUCAGAUGAGAUUGCUGGAACAGCACCUCCUCUAGGUGGGACCUUACCUGCGGGAUUAAUCUGUGAGAAUCAUUCUGAGCUAUAAUGAGUCAUCCAUGUACGUCUCUUUUGGGAUUUGGUGACAUGUGAUAAUGUGGCAUGGUACCUCACCAAAAGGGAGUGGCUGAGGCUGGAUCCUGAGCAGAGGGCACUGGCAUAUUAUGGGAACGUGACCUCCGUGGGAGUUCCUGUUUUGAAUCCUGCCUUGGUCUCUCACCUGGCACAAGGACAAGUGCUAUUGGUAUCAGACCCAUCCAUCGACAUGGAGCCAGCUAAGUACUCUGAAAACACCUUGGUGAUUCAGCACCCAACAAAGAGGGAAGACACCCAGCCACAGGAGAUGGCCUCCACAAGCUCCCUGAGGGCCAGUGAGCCCAGCCCUGAGGUCAAACAGAACGGGGACUCUGGGGAGAAGGGUGGGAGCCCACAGAACCUGCCCAUAGAACAUCAUUUUGCAUGUAAAGAGUGUGGUGAUGCCUUCCGGCUUAAAGUCCUCCUUGUUCAGCACCAGAGGGUCCACAGUGAGAAGAAGAGUUGGGAAUGCAACGAUUGUGGGAAGGUGUUCAGGGGGGUGUCGGAGUUCAAUGAGCACAGGAAGAACCAUGUGGCCGUAGAGCCCCGGCCUGGCCCUAGUCGGGCCCUGGAAGUUGCAGGGGAGAAGAGGGGUCAGAUGGAGCUGGAGGUGAAGCCCUUCGAGUGUGAGGAGUGCGGGAAGCGCUUUAAGAAGAACGCAGGCCUCAGCCAGCACCUAAGGGUGCACAGCCGAGAGAAGCCGUUUGAUUGCGAGGAGUGCGGGCGGUCCUUCAAGGUCAACACCCAUCUCUUCCGGCAUCAGAAGAACCACAAUGCAGAGAAGCUUUUCGCCUGCAAGACGUGCUGCAGGGAUUUCCUGGAUCGCCAGGAACUGCUCAAGCACCAGCGGGUUCACACCGGUCACCUGCCCUUCGACUGCGACGACUGCGGCAAGUCCUUCCGAGGUGUCAACGGGCUGGCAGAGCACCAGCGCAUCCACAGCGGGGCCAAGCCAUAUGGGUGCCCCCACUGCGGCAAGCUUUUCCGCCGGAGCUCAGAGCUCACCAAGCACCGGCGCAUCCACACAGGCGAGAAGCCAUACGCUUGCGGCCAGUGCGGCAAGGCCUUCCGCCAGAGCUCCAGCCUGCUGGAGCACGCGCGCAUCCACAGCGGAGAGCGUCCCUAUGCAUGCGGAGAAUGCGGCAAGGCCUUCCGCGGGCCCUCGGAUCUCAUCAAGCACCGGCGCAUCCACAGCGGACUGAAGCCCUAUGCCUGUGACAAGUGUGGCAAGGCCUUCCGCAGGAGCUCAGGCCUGAGCCGCCACCGGCGGAUCCACAGCGGGGCACGGCGCUGCGAGUGCAGCGAGUGUGGCCGCGUCUUCAAGAGGCGCUCAGCGCUGCAGAAGCACCAGCCCACCCACCAUGAGUAGGGGAGCCCGGGUGGCAGCCAGCCAGGCCCCAAGGGGAUGGAAGAGUCAAAGGAGAUUAACAAUUUUGUAGCACUUACCUAUUUUGUCGUCCAGUAGGUUGAGACCAAUUUAUACUGCCACCAGCAAUUUCUGAUUGUACAUGUUCCCCAUCAUGGCCCCCGAGGAUAGCUUUUCCAUUUUCACUUAGUCUGGCUAGUUUCACUGGCAGAAAGUACCAUCAAGGUAUUGAAAUCCACAUGGCUUGAAUCCUAGAGUGAGAGAAGAGAAGGCCAGAUGUACAGGUGGAGCAGGGGCCAUGCUCCCCUACCAGGGAAACACACACAGAGCUAUUCCAUGGAGGGACCAAUAUAAUCUGACCCCUGCUUUCCCCAAGAGAUCACCCCGAAGCAUCUUAGCCCAGUUGAAUUUAGAAAUUUUUAGAUGUGUAAGUAGAACACUCAAAUGUCUUAUAAUAUUUAAUUUAUUAAUUUAGUUAUACUUGCCUAUUAUAAAUCACAUAUUAUAUAGAAUAAUAUAUUAAUUUAGAAAAUACUCUUUUGCCACAUUCUGUUUCACGAAAUCAUUUUAUUCUAACUCCUCAUGUGCAUUUUUGACCUCACCGUCUUCACCAGCAUGGGAGACCCUCCGAGUCAUCAGACAGUGUCAAAGCACAUCCAGUGACUUGGAUCCAAAUUGCGCACAGUAGCAUGGUGACAAUCUCUGCAUGAGGCUCUCACUACAGAUGUCCUCCCAAGCCAUAAGAGCAUAUUUGCAUAACAUUAGAAAAACUUUUACCUUGCCCUGUAACUCUAUGAUGUAAGUACUCGAGGUGGUUCUUUCUCAAGUGACCUUUCCAAGGCUUUUUUUAAAAACACCAUUGUGAGGUCAUACUCCUACUGAUGACUAAGUCUAGACUAAUGUCUUGUGUCCUUUCUUCUUAGACCCGUUCAAUCUGCUAACCCCUAUGCAUAUCCAAAACUAGCAUCAGUUGGGGUUAUCUUGGACUAAUGGAUCUAGUCCUCAAGCAGCAGCAUUUUGUUCUAAAUGAAGUAGUUGAGCUCACCCCCCAAUAAGAGAUAAGUCUCAAGGACUCACAUAUGCGGUGACACCUCCUUUUUGGAAAUAAGGCCUAAAUGGUACUUCCCAAGCCCUGUUUCCAACUCUGUAAAACAAGGGUCAUCACAGCAUUUACCUCCUAAAGACUGCAUUAUGCCUGCAGAACACGGAGGCAUAUGCUCAGUGAAGGCCAUCUGCUGUCAUUGUCAUAGUUAUUGCUGUCAUUCUAAGGUUCAUUAGUACCAGGCCUCCUGACUGCUAGUCUUAUCCUCUAUCUCAUGUGAUGACUUGAACACCAUCUCAGUUUUCUUGCAUGCAGAUUGUAAGUUCAUCUCCUUUGACUAGUUAACAGGUUACCUUUGGACAUGACUUUAUAUAUCAGCUCUUUCUCUAUUGACUGAUUUUCUCUUUUCCAAUUUUAUUGCUUUGCUCUUUGUAGCAGUUUUAUUACAUUUUGUUAUAUAAGCUGAAGCAUUCAUUUUUUGUUCAUAAUUUUCAUUGCUUCUUAGAUAUGGUGACAUUUUCUUCUAGAAUUUUAAUUACAAAGAAAAAAUUGAAAUCCCUGCCCAUCAGAAGGUGAAUGCACCAGGUGGGCAGGCUGGAGGUGAAUGAGCCAGAGUAUUGGGCUCUUCCCUCGUCCAAGAUGCAGACUCUGUAUAUAUCUUUGGGCAGCACUUGACUAUCCAAACCUGGCCGCUAAGGCACACUAGAGGUGCUUCCAUCACAGAUUGGCCAGAACACUCUGUGACGGUUCCUCGGUACAGCCCAGCAGCCUACAGCAGGGCUUGUCCUCACCCAGCCCAAUGGGAUGGUCCAAACUUGGUCUGGCAGCGGCCCAGCCAUCCUUCAAGCUCCUGAGAGCCUUGGCAGUGCCCAGUGUGGAUUCAGUGGCUGAGCAGCAACUGCACCCAAGAAAUAGCUGGGGCACAGAAGAUGCGCCUGACAUCACAUGGACCACUUCCUCCUCCCAGCCAGUGACUCUACAGCUGGAAAGAGAUCUGUUUGUUGGCUUCUGCUUUGGGCACCUAAAGGAAAAUUCAUCCACGUAUUGUGGCAUAACUUCCUGUAGCCACACCUAAGAAUGGCAACAGAGCAGAGGCUCAGAGAAGAGCCAUAUCCCUCUGGUGGCUUGUGUGUCAUGCUGGAGAAGCUGGCUGUACCAGGCCUGUGCUAUGACAUGCAGCAGCCAUGCCCAGGAGGGACACUAAAGCAAACGUGUGGAGGGCAAUGAUGCCCUCCUGAAAGCCUGUGUGGCACAGAAUAGGAGCUGGUUACCCUGGGGUUGGGCUGUCAUUUCCUCCCCAGGAGGAACUGCUGCAAGGGCUGGUAGGGAACCUGGUUCCCCCAGUGGCCUAUAGAGGCUACAGAUAGAAGGAGGUCUCACCAGGCCUGCAGCUGAGUUCCCAGCACCUGUGCCUGGGGUUCUGUAAAAAGUCUGGAGGGAAGGUGUGCCUUCCUGCCAGGCCACCAGGCUCAGCAGCAGGCACAACCGAGAAGGCCUUCUCAGGCCUCUUCCUUAGCAGCAAGGUCCAACAACGACCCUUAUGACCUCAGCCAGAAGGUCCUUACAAAUGGCCCCCAGGCCACCCCAGUGGACCUGUGCGACAUCUCCAUCCUGACCACCAGGCUGGAGAGAAGCCAGCAGCACUUGUUAUGUAGUGAUUCCUUUUGCUCCUUGGGCCUCAGUUGUUGGAGUAGUUGUGAAUCUGUCUGAAGUCACUACCUUCUUCUCUGAUCAGUUUUCUCUUUUCAAGCUGUUCUGUGUUUUGUACAGCUGUCAUUGGUAAAGAAUGUUGGCAUCUACCAGGGCCGGGCCUGGCACCUUUACCUAGAAGUUCUCUGCCAUUUCCUGCCUGUUCACUCCUCAUUUCUGGGGUUUUAUGAAGGAUCCCGUUGACAUCUAGGGACAGCAUUAACUCAGAACGUAACAUAGCCAUCGCUACUUCCGGCCAGGGCGUGAUGUCUUUAUAUCCCUUCCUGCCCUCCCUGACUUUUUCCCAAUUGGGGUUUUAUAAUUUUCUCUGAAACAAAUCCUCUUUUAGAGUUAACACUAAAGAUCACGUCUUUUCUGUCGCAGUUGGUGGAACAGCUGUUCUGGAUGUCUGCGGUAGAAUUUGUGCUCUCUUCAAAUGCAGUUUGUGGCUUUACUAUGUGUCCUGUAGUUUUGCCAAGUUCAUCUGUUGCCUCUGGUAACUUGGGGGUGGAUUUCCUUGAAUUCUCUAGGUAUAAUACUGCCAUGUCAGGUGUGAACUGUGACCAGGCUUCCUGUCAUGUGUCCCUGUCUACACAUUCGUGCAUCUACCUCAUUUUGUUUUCUUUCUAAUCACAUGUGUUCCUAUUUCAGGGGACAUGGAGAGUGGCAGGGUCCCAGGGAACACUGGCUCCUGUUAGAAAUAUGUUCUUGUUAAGAAUGCAAGUGUCCAUUGAUUUUAUUACAGUUCCGAAUACUUGGUGAAAUUUACAAAAGAAAGUAAUUGUUUACCAUGUUUGCUGCUUUCUAUGAUUAACUACGUCAAUUACUUGCGUCAUCCUCACUCUUGCAUUUCCAGAAUAAUCCCCACCCAAUCACAAUGGCAUCAUUCUUGCGUGGUGUUGCAUUCCAUGUGCUUGAUUUUUGCUAGAAGUGGCACAGUGCAUGCCCUGUCUGCCACCCCAAGCUGUGGCCCUAUUGUAUACCAUGUGACUUGCCACCCCUCUUCUAGGCCACAUUAAUUAAUCGGAAUGGAACACCUGACCCAAGAGCAUCAAUUGGCCAGUCCUCAGAGCUGGUGGGAGACAGGGCCUUCAGGUCUGAGCAGCUGAGCAGCUCUCAUGACUGCCAAAAGACGGGGGUGGGGAGCCAUGUAGUGCUGAGAGGGGUUGAAGAUCCUGGGCCCCUGCUGGGCUCCCUGAGCCAAUUCCAUCCCAGCUCCCCAAAGGAGGCCUGGCAUGGUCAAGUCCUUGGGUUUUUGGUGACUGCCCUCAUCAGUCCACAUGUGUGCCCACCAUAGACCCCCUUGACUUGGGCCAGCUUGAGCUGUUCUCUGCAGCUUGUCAAGAGACAACUGCACUUCACCAUUCAGCUGGUGCAGAGAAUACCACCAAUGCUGGCUGUCCUUGCGUUCUGCCCACCAGCAUUCCUGCCCAUGUCGCACCUGGCUGUCAUGAAUACCUGUCUAAAUGUGGGACUGUUUUGUUAGCUAAGAUGGUAGGGGGCUGUGCCACCUUGCCUCAGUUUCACCAGUGCUUUUCUGUCCCAGUGUCGCUGCACCCACGUUAGGCCUAUAAAGUGAGUUAAGUGGCAGCCACUCUUUCUCUAUUUCGGAAGUGUUUCACUGUUCAUUCCAGCACGCCGCUGUUAGAUGCAAGAAUUGCUAACUUCUCUCUUCCUAUUAUACUUUACAUUCUGUGGUUCUCAUUGAGCCUGUUUGGGUGUUUACUUUUCAAAAAUAGAAACUGUUUCUUUAAACUUGGCCCUCAAUGUGAUUUGUGUAUCUCCUGAGAAAAGUAGCUACGUCCCGCCCCAAUUUGUAUUUCAAUCCUUGGGCUCUUUCCUUGUUCCUCCCUGAUCUCUUACCUUGUCUGUUUUAUGGCUCUCACUAUGCUCAGCCCUGCACUAGAGCUGUUGUGGACUUGGCUUCUCCCUUCCCCUUCCCUACCCUCCCCCACACAUUAGAUUGUGAGCUCUUAGAAGACAGGGGUGGCCCUUCAUGUCUGAUCCCUACCAAAUCUAGCACAGUGCCUUGCAUCAAGUAGAUUUCAAUAAAUAUAUGUUAAAUGGCA